GUUUAAUGAGGAAGGGUGUGGUGAGUGGAUACCAGGUCACACUGGUGGAGACUCCGACUCUCUACAGCACUCAGCUCUCAGAAGAGGAAGUGAUGCGAGAGACUCUUCAGUGUGUAUCUCUUUGUAAUCCUGGAGUUCAUGCUUUCAUCAUCAUCAUACCUGUUGGUUCACUUCAGGAUGAAGAUAAAGCAGAAAUCAAGAUGAUCCAGAGGAUCUUCAGCUCCAGAAUGAAUGACCACACCAUCGUCCUCUUUAGCAACAGUAACACUGAUGAAACUGCAGCAAUAAACUUUAUUAAACAAAGUUCAGAAACAGAAGAACUUCUCAGCAUGUGCAGUGGUAGAUACAUCAUGUUACAGAAGACAGAGAGUGAAAGACUCCAGCAGGUACCAGCUCUGUUGGAUCAAGUAAAGAAGAUGGCGACUAUCAACCAGUUUUAUUCUCUCCUGAUGUACGUUAAAGCACAAAGAGAUGAAGCUAAACAAGAUCUGGAGAACAAACUGGUUGAAAAGGAGGAGAAGAUCAAGCAGCUAGAGAAACAUCUACAGCAAAUAUGUGCUGAGGGUGAAUCAUCUGAUUCUGGGACUCUGAGAAUUGUUCUUAUAGGAAAAACAGGAAAUGGGAAAAGUGCAACAGGAAACACCAUCCUUGGACGUAAAGAAUUUCAGUGUAGUGCCAGCAUGAAAUCUGUGACAACAAUAUGCCAGAAGGGAUUUGGAGAAGUUAAGGGCAAAUUAAUUGCUGUUGUUGAUACUCCAGGACUGUUUGACACCACAUUGUCGAAUGUAGAAGCAGCUGAAGAAAUAGUGAAUUGUAUCUCACUCUCUGCUCCUGGACCUCACGCCUUUAUCAUUGUGUUAAGUGUAGGAAGAAUCACACAGGAAGAAAUGGACACACUUAAUCUGAUCAAGAAAAUAUUUGGUACUGAGGCAGCAAAGUUCACCGUAGUGCUGUUUACACGUGGAGAUGAUCUGGAAGAUCAGAACUUGGAAGAAUAUAUAAAAAACAGUGAUAAUAGAAGCAUAGAUAAACUAAUCAGGGACUGUGGUGGAAGAGUUCAUGUGUUCAAUAAUAGAGAAAAGAACGAUCGUACACAAGUCUUUGAUCUUAUUAGAAUGAUAGAAGAAAUGAUAAAGUCUGACAGAAACAAUUACUUUACAAACGAGAUGUUUGAGGUGGCAAAAAAUUCCAUCCAGCAGAAACAACAAGAAAUACUGAAAGAGAAGGAGGAACAGAUGCAGGCUGAAAAAGAAGCUCUGAAAUACAAAUAUGAAGAAGAGCUGGAGAAGAUCAGGAAUAGUAUGGAGACAGAGAAAGAAAAGCUGGAACAGGAGAGACGUGAAAGAGAAAAAGUGUUUAAGGAAAGGGAGGAAGCUCUGAGACGAGAGAAAGAGAAAAGGGAAGAAGAAGAACGAGAAAGAAUUAGAAAAGAUGAGUGGGAUGAGAGAAGAGACGAAGACAGACAGAGGAUAAAGAGACUAAAAGAGGAAAUUGAGAGAGGGAGACAGGAAGAGAUCAAGAAAAGAGAGAAAGAAGACAGAGACAGAAGAGAGAAAGAAGAACGAGAGCGUGAGGAAAUGAAAAAGAACUACGAGAAGAAAGAGCUGGACAUGAAGAGCAAAUAUGAAGAUGAGGCUAGAAGACAAGCUGAGCAAUUUAAUGAUGUUAAAGCUCAGUUUGAAAAACACAUAGAGGAUCUGAUUACCAAGCACCAGAAAGAUCAUGAUGAGCUCAAACAGAGCAAGGAGGAAACAGAGCAUGAAUUAAAUAAGGAUAAGGUUAAAAAAAGGAAAUGUACUAUUCAAAGCUCCACCUCAGGAGAGAAUGAACCAAGGGACAUUUUUGCUUUCAACUCUAUGGGCUCCAAGGAGACAUUCAUCACCCGAACAAGGACUUCUCCCUUCUCUGCCCGGCUUAUGGAACGAGCCAUCAUCACAUCCUGUCGCUCCAACAGGACUUCACUUGGUUCGAUAAGACCAUAUGUAAUAUCCAACCCAAGUCCCAACACCACACCGGUCAACAUCAUUUCCGAACGAGGAGGUAUCAGGGCAUCAUCUUUCACUACUAAUUUUCCUACUUCCCCUCUACCCAAACUUCCAAUUAACGGUAACUUCUUACCCAACAAAGCACAAAAAGAGUAUGAAGAACAAGAACGAAUUAGAAAAGACGAGUGGGAGAGAAGAACCAGUGAGGACAAUGAGAGAAGAGAAGAAGACAGGCAGAGGAUAAAGAGACUAAAAGAGGAAAUUGAGAGAGAAAGACAGGAAGAGAUCAAGAGAAGAGAGAAUGAAGACAGAGACAGAAGAGAGAAAGAAGAACGAGAGCGUGAGGAAAUGAAAAAGAACUACGAGAAGAAAGAGCUGGACAUGAAGAGCAAAUAUGAAGAUGAGACUAGAAGACAAGCUGAGCAAUUUAGUGAUGUUAAAGCUCAGGGGCAGAGUGGUGAACGAGUUUUAACUCUCGUCUUUGAGGCGCUCCUCCAGGCCUCAAUGGAACGUGCCGCGGAGGGCCACGUCGUUCCAGCCGGAGUCCGCUGCCAGAGUCCAGAACUCUACGGCAUAGUCAGCGACUGGCCGGGAGCCCUGGCACUGGGCAGCCUCAGCCCAAGUCAGAGCCCUUCCCCUAAGCAGCCCAAUAAUAUAUGCAACCUUGCUGGCCCCGGUGGCGAAAGUGAUGGGUCAUUGAGCAAAAACAAGGCCACACUGAUACAGAAAACCCUGGCAUUUGUCCAACUCACUGUGAUAAGGCUCUGGAUGGGUGGUGAGUCCUUCUGCCAGGGACUCAGACGGGGCAGAGGGAGCCAGGGCAGGAUGAGGAGCACCGGCGUCGGGGUGAACAUGACCAGUGGCGUGUGCAGCGGUGCUGGGGUCUGUGGAGGAAAUGGCCUGGGAGGAGGUAAGAGCGGCAACCUGCCUGGAGACAUUCCCCAAUUGUUGAAUCAGUUGGCGAUUACUCUCAAUAAGGGACUUCAGCAGCUGGUCAUGCUGGUCCAGCUGAGAGGCUUGGUGGCAGAGAAGGGUCUCCAGGGACCUCUGAAGUGGCGUCGACUUCUUAGGGCUAGGUUCUUAGUGGUUAGGGCAGCAGAAAAGACCAUAGGGGCCAGUCUUCCACCUAUUGAGGAUCUGGCUCUAAAGCACCUCUCGUCAAAAGCCAGGAGCAUCAUUAGUGACUCCACUCACCCCUGUCACAGACUGUUCACCCUUCUGCCCUCGGUCUCUGAGCUGAGGAUCGUGCUACUGGGUACAAAUGUUCAUUACACCAACAAAUUAGCAAACAUCCUCCUGGGAAAAGAAGCAUUUCAGACUGAAGCUCCUCCAUAUUUAAUAGAUCAUCACUGUGAGAGAGUUAGUGGACUGGUGGAGGGAAGAACCAUCACCAUCAUCAAUGCACCUCACCUAUAUAAUCCCAAACUCUCUCAGAAGAAACUGAUACAGAAAGUGAAAGAGUGCAUCACACUCUCAGAUCCUGGACCUCAUGUGUUCUUACUGGUGCUCCAGUCCCAAAACCUCACAAAGGAGCCCAAUGACAGAAUCAUAAGCACCCUGUACUCGGACAUCCCACAGUCUAUAAACCGGUUAUUAUUAGUAACUACAGCUGAAGAGCAUGGAUUCUUCUCCACAUGUAUCAGUGAAUGUGAGAUGAAACACUACAGAAUUGUGAAUCUAUCACCAUUUAAUAAACAUCAAGUUCUGCAGCUUCUGAAGAAGAUAGAUGUGAUGGUAACUGAGAAUGGAGGAGAUCACAUGACCUGCACAAUUAAUGAACCACAAGAGAGGAAGAACCUGGGAUCACCAGGACCACAAGACCAGGAUUAUUCAUUAGAAACUACAUCAACUGAUCCGGCUGUGAAGAGAAAACAGCUGGUGCAGAGUGGAGUGGCAGAAGGAGUCUCUACAUUACCAGUGUUGAACUUGGUGCUGUGUGGAAGUGAUGAAAUAAAAUCUUCAAUAUCAGAUCUCAUUCUGAAGCAGACAGAACUGAUAUCAGAUCCCAGAUCAGAGUGUUUAAUGAGGAAGGGUGUGGUGAGUGGAUACCAGGUCACGUUGUUAAAGACUCCGGCUCUCUGCAACUCUCUGCUGUCAGAUGAUAAAGUGAUGCGAGAGACUCUUCAGUGUGUAUCUCUUUGUAAUCCUGGAGUUCAUGCUUUCAUCAUCAUCAUACCUGUUGGUCCACUUCAGGAUGAAGAUAAAGCAGAAAUCAAGAUGAUCCAGAGGAUCUUCAGCUCCAGAAUGAAUGACCACACCAUCGUCCUCUUCAGCAACAGUAACACUGAUGAUACUGCAGCAAUAAACUUUAUUAAACAAAGUUCAGAAACAGAAGAACUUCUCAGCAUGUGCAGUGGCAGAUACAUCAUGUUACAGAAAACAGAGAGUGAAAGAUUCCAGCAGGUACCAGCUCUGUUGGAUCAAGUAAAGAAGAUGGAGACUACCAACAAGUUUUAUUCUCUCCUGAUGUACGUUGCAGCACAGAGAGACAGAGCUACACAAGAACUGGAGAAAAAACUGACUGAAAAGGAGGAGAGAAUCAAGCAGCUAGAGAAACAUCAACAGCAAACAUGUGCUGAGGGUGAAUCAUCUGAUCCUGGGAGUAUAAGAAUUGUUCUUAUUGGAAAGACAGGAAAUGGGAAAAGUGCAACAGGAAACACCAUCCUCGGAAGAAAAGCAUUUCAGUGUAAUGCCAGCAUGAAAUCUGUGACAAAAAUUUGCCAGAAGGGAUUUGGAGAAGUUGAGGGCAAAUCCAUUGCUGUUGUUGAUACUCCAGGACUGUUUGACACCACAUUGUCAAAUGAAGAAGCAGCUGAAGAAAUAGUGAAAUGUAUCUCACUCUCUGCUCCUGGACCUCACGCCUUUAUUAUUGUGUUAGGUGUAGGAAGAAUCACACAGGAAGAGCUGGAGACCCUGAGUCUGAUCAAGAAAAUGUUUGGUACUGAGGCAGCAAAGUACACCAUAGUGCUGUUUACACGUGGAGAUGAUCUGGAAGAUCAGACCUUGGAAGAAUAUAUCAAAAACAGUGAUAACAGAAGCAUAGAUAAACUGAUCAGGGACUGUGGUGGACGAGUUCAUGUGUUCAAUAAUAAAGAAAAGAACGAUUUUACACAAGUCCAUGAUCUUAUCAGAAUGAUAGAAGAAAUUAUAAAGUCUGACAGAAACAAUUACUUUACAAACGAGAUGUUUGAAAUGGCAGAAAAUUCCAUCCAGCAGAAACAACAAGAAAUACUGAAAGAGAAGGAGGAACAGAUGCAGGCUGAAAAAGAAGCUCUGAAAUACAAAUAUGAAGAAGAGCUGGAGAAGAUAAGGAAGAGUAUGGAGACAGAGAAAGAAAAGCUGGAACAGGAGAGAUGUGAAAGAGAAAAAGUGUUUAAGGAACGGGAAGAAGCUCUGAGACGAGAGUUUGAGAAAAAAGAAGAAAAAGAAAAGGAGAAACGGAGGCUGGAGGACCUAAGAAGAUCAGAAGAGGAUAAACGACAAAAGGCAGAGAAUGAACGAAUGUUGGAGGAGAUGAGGAAGGAAAUGGAAAAGCAAAAUGCUACAUUUCUUAAGCAGCAAGCUGAAAAAGACGAGGAGGACCGGAGGAGAGCAGAAAGAGAAAAAAUCGAGAGGGAACGUUUUGAACAUGAACAAAAAGAAGCAAUGGAAAAACUAAAAAUCAGACAACAAGAAGAGAUUAAAAAGAGAGACGAGGAAGAACAAAAGAGAAGAAAAGAACAAGAAGAAGAACAGGAAAACUGGAAGAGGAAAAUGAAGGAGGUAGAAAAUGAUAAAAAGGAGAUAAAAGAUGAUAUUGAGAGAAAACUGAGAGAACAGGAGAUGGAAUGGAAGGAGAAGAUGAGAGCAGGAGAAGAAGAACACAAGAGAACAAAAGAGAACCAUGAUAAAGAAGUAAAAGAACAAGAAGAAAAACAGAAAAACUUUGAGAAGGAAAGAGAAGAUGAAAGACGUGAAAGAGAAGAGGAAAGAGAACAGUGGAAAGAAGCAGAAAGAAGAGAAAGAGAGCAGAGAGAGCGAGAGUAUGAGGAAUACAUAAUAAAAAUAAAGAAAGCAUUAAAAGAGAAACAAGAAAGAAUUAGAAAAGAAGAGUGGGAGAGAAGAACCAGUGAGGACAAUGAAAGAAGAGAAGUCACACAGAGGAUAAUGAGACUAAAAGAGGAAAUUGAGAGAGAAAGACAGGAAGAGAUCAAGAGAAGAGAGAAAGAAGACAGAGACAGAAGAGAGAAAGAAGAACGAGAGCGUGAGGAAAUGAAAAAGAACUACAAGAAGAAAGAGCUGGACAUGAAGAGCAAGUAUGAUGAUGAGGCUAGAAGACAAGCUGAACAGUUUAAUGAUGUUAAAGCUCAGCUGGAAAAACACAUAAAGGAACUGAUUACCAAGUACCAGAGGGAUUAUGAACUUCUCGAUGACCUGUACCGCGGUACACAGAAGGAAUAUGCUGAGCUUAAACAAAGCAAGGAGGAAACAGAGUAUGAAUUACGUAAGGAGAUAGAUGAGCUAAAACAAAGCACAUGUACUAUUCUCUAAAAACUACUGCUUUUGUGUGUUUAUUAUUAUCUUGAUAUUUACAUCUUGUAAAUAAAUUAAAUAGCCAAAAGGUAUGUGGACACUUGAGCAAAAUUACCUUCUUUAACUCCUAUUACAAAACCAUUCAUUUAACCUUCAUUCAUACAAUAAAAGAAUCACGCCCAUCCGCAGAAAUCCAGUAGCCUAUCAGGAGAGGCAGUCUAUAAAUAUCUACAGGAGGACACACUUAUUGAUCAGUAUGGGCCAGCAGCAAUGUCCUUUGAAUAUAUAUGUAGGGAGCCCCUCCCAGGAGCCAAAAACAACCAAUGAACCACUUAAACUUUGAUUCCUCGGAUGGCACUGCUUGAAAAAACAGCAUGUAUCUGUAAUGAAAGCAUAAAAACAUAAAAUACUACAUUCAGAUUUUUGCUUCAUAUGACCUUGUGUUGACUUGUGUAUUGAUUCUUAAAAUAGUGCCGUUACGACUUUGAUAUGCAGUCUCCACCAAACCAGAAGGGUACUGCACUGUGACCCAGAAUAUGGGAAAGUAGAUCAAAAGGUAAUAAUGGAACAGUGGUUCUCUACACCCACAUUUUGUGGUCACUUGGUUGGAUAGGAACAGCCAGAGAAUUAGUAUUACAUAGAAGUAACGACUAACGACUCUGUGGUCACAGUCAUAAGGUGAUGAGUUUAUUAUUAUAUUUGAAGGACGGGCAAAACAGAAAGAAUUUAGUCUGGAAAGCAGUAUUGGUCGUCCUCCAUUGUUCAACUGAUAGAUCUGGUUUUGUAUUAAAAUAUUUUGCAGCAUUAAACCAAUUUAAAGAUUUCUGUGUUAUUCUUACUGUAUAUGGAGUUUAUGGUGAUAAUCACUGUAAAUGAUGAUAUUUUAAAUAU